UUUGGCGUUCCGAAAGCGGUCGGGAUGACGAGCAGCGCCAGGUACAAGAGCAGGACGGUGAAAUCAGAGGAUGCAGAGGAAAAAGAGUAUGUCGGCUUCGCCACCCUCCCGAAUCAGGUUCACAGGAAGUCGGUCAAAAAAGGCUUCGAUUUCACACUCAUGGUGGCAGGGGAGUCUGGUCUUGGAAAGUCCACCCUGAUCAACAGCUUGUUCCUCACAGAUUUGUACAAGGACAGGAAACUACUGAAUGCUGAAGAGCAGGGGUGCCGUGUAAAAAAUCCUUUUUUAAUAUGCAUCAGUCAGACUGUGGAGAUCAUCAAACACACGGUUGACAUCGAGGAGAAGGGUGUUAAGCUGAAGCUGACUAUUAUAGACACACCAGGUUUUGGAGACGCUGUCAAUAAUACGGAGAGCUGGAAGGCCCUUACUGACUAUAUUGACCAGCAGUUUGAACAGUAUUUUCGGGAUGAAAGCGGUUUGAACAGGAAGAACAUCCAGGAUAACCGUGUCCACUGCUGCUUGUACUUCAUCCCUCCGUUUGGACAUGGGCUGCGGCCCGUGGACGUGGAGUUUAUGAAAGCACUGCAAGACAAGGUGAACGUGGUUCCACUCAUUUCCAAGGCUGACUGUCUGACGCCAGCGGAGAUGAGGAAGAUGAAGGACAGGGUGAGGGAGGAGAUCGAGAAGUUCGGAAUCAAAGUGUACCAGUUCCCAGACUGUGAUUCUGAUGAGGACGAGGCGUUCAAGCAACAGGACCGAGAGCUAAAGGAAAGCACUCCAUUUGCUGUGAUUGGGAGCAACACGAUAGUGGAGGUCAAAGGUCAGCGGGUGAGAGGGAGACUUUACCCAUGGGGCAUUGUGGAAGUGGAGAAUCAGUCCCAUUGUGAUUUCGUCAAGCUGAGGAACAUGUUGAUUCGCUCGCACAUGCAUGACCUGAAAGACAUCACGUGUGACGUGCACUAUGAAAACUACAGAGCGCAGUGCAUACAGCAAAUGACAAGCAAACUGACCCAGGAUAAUCGCGUGGAGAGCCCCAUCCCGAUACUACCACUGUCCACCCCAGACGUAGAGACAGAAAAGCUGAUAAAGAUGAAAGAUGAAGAGUUGCGGAGGAUGCAGGAGAUGCUUCAAAAAAUGCAGCAGCAGAUGCACGAACAGGACCUGUGAACGCCGCCCUGAACGAAAACGGCUGAUUUCAGCUUGUCUGCACUUUUACACAAGCAGACACGUAACACUUUAACAUCACACUGAAGGAUAUGCAGUAGGGAAAGCAACAGAUGUAUUUGUAUGUCAGACAAAACACAGAUAUGAAUGCAUGUGUCGAGCACUGCGGUUAAAAGGGUCACUUCACCUGAGCCUGGUCUCUAAAACCAGGCUCCAAGUUGAAAUAUUUAGUAAUGCUAAAAGAUUUAGUGAUAGUUUGUUUUCACACUUUGUACAGUCCAUGUGAUGCUGUAUGACUGUUUCCAUGGCAAAGACUGCUGCUUUAUUCACAGUGGACAUGGCAAAUGUUCUGUUGUUCUAUUGUUUUUUGUCUGCCGUUUUUAUGAUCUGUUUCUAGCCCAAUUUUUUUAUUAUUUUUAGUAAUGUGUGUGUGCGAGUUUGUGUGCCUGUGCCGAUUUGCUUAAAACAAGAGCACUAAGUGGAAAACUAAAUAUUUGAGUGAUUUUCUACUUUUAAAGCAGCUAUACCAACAAGUUAUUACAUUUUGAACAAGGUUUAGAAGUAUGAAAACAUUUGCAGUAUUAAAGCAAAUACUUUAAUCAUUUUUCAUUCUUCAUUAAUUUAUUUGUCUCUGAAGACCUUAUCAGAGCACCUUGAAUUGCAAACGUUGUUGUACGACUGCUGUAUGUUGAAGAGAAUUUUCACUGAUCCAACCUUUUGUCUACUUUAUUGAUUGAACAUAAAAAUGUAAUUCUUUAUGACAGUUUUAUGUGAUUCAUGUUAUAAUAUGCCACUUAGGACGACUGUUCCAGUCCUAAAACACCACAUUAUACAUAAUAUUUCACAAAAUGGAUAUCAGAUAAUCUUUAUCAGUGAGUAGGCUCUAACAUCUUUUAUAUCACUUGUUGUUGUUGGUUUUACAUGGAUGCAUUGAGAUAUUGAUUUGUAUGCCCUGUAUGUUUACUCAAGUUAUGAGCAUGACAAAUGCACCAUCUGCCAUAUAUCAUGAUUCCUUUGAAAAAUAAACACAU